AUGGCGCCGCACUUCGAUCCCUUCCAGCAGAGUGUCACCUUCCUCCGUGGUGAUGGCAGCUCAUUCCCCAUUUCCAUGGUAGAGUUCAACAAUUUUUUCUUGUAUGCUGUGAGAACUUCCAUAGCAGCUGCUUCUCAGCUGGGAGCUUCUGUUGUGAUGGCCGUUCUCCUCGCCUUACUUACUUCACCGGAUAAACGACGAUCAAUUAUUUUCUAUCUGAAUAUUACCACGCUCCUUGUGAAUGUCUGCCGAACCCUAUCCACCGCAAUUUUCUUUACCAGCUCCUGGGUUGAAGUAUACACUUACUUCUCUGGCGACUAUUCUCGAAUCACACCUGGAGCCUAUGCCAACUCUGUUAUGGGGACCAUAGCUACUGGUAUUAUGGUCAUCUUGAUCGAACUAUCCCUCCUUAUUCAGACACAAGUUCUAUGUUCUACACUCCGCGAUCUUUACCGAAAUAUCCUCCUCGCGUGGUCAUGCCUGGUAGCAGCCGUUCCAAUCGCAUUUCGAAUUGCCUUCAUGGUUGCCAACGUCAAGGCAAUUAUGACUCAAGCUUCUUUAGGAAAGAACAUUUGGAUACAAAGCUCCUCGAACAUCAGCAUCUCUGUCAGCAUCUGCUACUUUAGUUUGAUCUUCCUGGCCAAGCUUGGCUAUGCGAUCUAUACCAGAAGAUUGUUGGGAAUGAAGGGAUUCGGAGUCAUGCAAGUUAUUUUCAUCAUGGCUUGCCAGACUAUGGUACUUCCAGCAAUAAUGUCCAUCCUCCAGUAUUUCAUUCCUGAGUUUGAGGUCAACACCAAUAUACUCACCCUGCUUGCACUAUCCCUACCACUCACGACGCUCUGGUCAGCUGCUGCUGUUCGCCAUAGUCAUAAUCACAAUCACGGAUCCGGUCGCCAUUUCUGGGGAGGCAGCUCCGAAAAAUCCCUAUUCGAUCACAACAAAACCUCGGGUGGCAGUUUCUCUCAUCCAUCGUCGACACUCAUUGGAUCCAUGCAAGGCCCUGAGAAGAUCAAGUCUGCGGACCACUUUGAUCGCCUCUAUCCUGAGCUGCAUGAUACAGGCAACAUCACAAUCGAGCGUAACUUCAGUGUUACCAGCAAUAGAGUAUGA